AUGGAUGGGUGCUGGCAAGUUGGUGGCUAUGAUUGUAUGGUUGGUGCCCUUUGGGGCACCAUCGUGGUCAUUGUGGUCGGAUGUGUUGUUGCGGUGGGUGUCGGUCACCAUAAACUAUCGAUGAACUCCGUCGUGGAGUCAAUUGGAAGCGUUGUCGGUGUAUGUGCUAGCGGUUGUCCUUCUAGUCUCGAUGGACAACUUCUAUCGAUGGUCCGCAUUGAUCGAACCUGGCUAGUGGUGUCACCUUCUUGCUGCGACGGUUCUUUGUCCAUCAUUUCUGGCGCAUGGUGUUGUUUCGUGGGUUUUGCAGGACUGAGUGCAAGACCAGAUGGCGCCAACUGUUGUGAUAUCUCACCGACUUAA